UUAGAUAUUGCACUUGAAGGCUAAACUUAUUUUUUUCCAUAAAAAAAUUUAGAUUCCUUAUAAUUUAUAAUUACAAAUUUUUAUUCACUUUAAUAUAUUUAACAAUAAGAUUGGACUUGUUAAUUGAUAAUAGUAUGAAAUUAUACCAUAGUGGUAGAAUAUACAUCGCAGUAGGGCUGGGAAUCCGAUUUCAGUUUUCCGGUCAAAUCGGAAACCGGCCAGUUUAAACCGUCCCGAUUGUAACCGGAAACCGGUUACAACCCGGUCCAAUCCGGAUUCCGGUUUCUAGUAUUUGGAGAAAAACCGUACCAGGUAUAACCCGGUUAAAACCGGGAAACUGGGACCAGCCCUGCCUUGCACCAAGCCCAGCUUUGAAGCCCAAAUCCCCUCUCAAAAUCUCAGCCCAACACAAAACAAAAGCCCAGAUACACAAAAACCCUAAUCGUCAUGGCCACCCAAUCCCUCUAUCCCUCACGAUUCUCCUCUAUCUCCCGUCGCCUCGCGACUCCACUCCUCUACUCUCGAAGAAGAAGUCGACCGGCGGCCGAAAUCGCCGCUCAACCAUCGAAUCAGCCGCCGACUCUGUUCGAUGGCACUGAGAUGCCCCUUCUGUUCAUGGUCGCGAUCUCCUCAGGGCGACAGCGACAGCGCGAAGGCGACGGUGAUUUCAGAGUUGAAACAACUCCCGAUCUGGGUCCCAAACCAGUGCUGGACCUCUCUCUCACCGGCGAUGCGGCGGAAGCGAGCAAUUGAUCUUUCUUGACCUCCUAUGUUGAGGACUUGAAUGGCGGUGGACGGUGGUGGUGCAUGCAAGGAUGGCCGCACUUCUGCAGCGGCGAGGGAGGUGAGAAGAUGAAGAAGUGAAAGUGAAGGAUGGAUUGAUGAAAAUCAGAGCUAGGGAUUAGGAGGAUUUUUUUUAGAAGAGAGCGGCGGCGUAGAUUGGGGAAUUGGGAUGGUGAGGGGAAUUAGGUAUUGUUUGAGUGUGUGACUGUGUGGCGAGUGGGAGGUGAGGGGAAUUUCUUUUAAUCCAAUUUAAACGACAACGUUUUUUUUAUCAGAAACGACAGUGUUUUUUGGGAGGGAAUAAAUAGAUCCAGUUUUU